AUGAAUGAAGAUUUACCAAAGGAAUAUUUUGAGUUGAUAAGAAAGACUCUUAGAGAAAAAAGGGAUGAUCCAGCUACUGAAAGACCCUUAAAAAGAAGAAAGAGAAGAUCAUCUCGUCUUCAGCGUAAGGGAUCAGUGCCAAAAACGGAUGAUGAAGUUAUUAAUAUCAGUGAAUCGCCUGAGAAUGAAGGGCCACAUGAAGUUAUUGCUCUUGGUUCAGAUUCAGAAAGUAGUUCAAUAAUUGAUAAAAAUGAUAAAUCGAAAAUGGAUGUAUCAGAUAUGGAAAGUGAAGAUGAAAAUUAUGACUCUGAUGAAUUCGAAGAUGUUACUAAUAAUGAUGAAGAUACAUCGGGUGAUAAUAUAGGAGAUCUGAAAAUUACAAUAAAUCAAUCAAAACCAGAUGAUGACAUAUUGACAAAAAACAAAAGAAAAUCAAUUAAUAGAAACAUAUGUUCCAAUGAAGAGAGGAAGAAAAGAUAUUAUUUACAUAUGUUUUAUCUUAUAUGUUUGAUGGUUCAUGGUUCUCUUCGAAAUGAAUGGAUCAAUAGUAGUAGAUUUAGUAAAAAAUUGAGUUCAUUGGUUCCAGAAAAGGUGUUCGAAUUAUUGCACCCUGAAAAAGAUGAAUUUUCAUUAAGGAGCACCAGAAAAUUGUUAGAUGGAUUGAAAAAAUGUAUGGAGAUCUGGCAAAAGCAUUGGCGAAUUACACAAAAAUACAAUAAUUUUGGUUGUUAUAUGAGAUUUUGGGAUGAAAUAGAAGAAGAAGACAGUCGUGUCAGCUCUAAAAUAAAUCCAUUGACGAAACAAGUGUUUAUUAGGCGUAUCAUAAAGGGCCAUGGUGAUCGUGAUUUAGCAGCUCAAGGGUUUGUUGCCAUGUUGAGAGCGUGCAAUGUUAAUGCGAGGCUCGUUUUGUCUUGUCAACCACCAGAUUUCACUGAUUUAAAGGUUGAAAAUAAGAUUACUGAAGUGUCUUAUGAAGAUAUGACAAAGUUCCCGUUAUUCUGGUGUGAAGUAUGGGAUAAAUUUGCAAAAAAAUGGAUUACCAUAGAUGUAAUGAAUUUUAAAACAAUAGAGCAAAUCAAAAUUCGUUCCAAGCUAGAACCGCAAGGCGUUGCCUGUUGCAAAAGAAACAACAUGAGAUAUGUCAUAGGUUAUGAUCGAAAACAUGGCUGCAGAGAUAUAACUAGGAGAUAUACACGAUGGUACAACUGUAAGAUCCGGAAAAAGAGAGUUACUAAAGAUGAAGAAGGUUCAAAGUGGUAUUCAGAAGUAUUGAAUACAAUGCAUCGAAGGAAAAGAACCAAAAUAGAUGAUUAUGAGGAUGCCUACUUUGAAGAACGUAAUCGUUCAGAAGGAAUGCCUGAUAAUUUACAAGAUUUAAAAAAUCAUCCUUAUUAUAUUUUAGAAAAGGACUUAAGACAAAAUCAGGUGAUCAGAUCAGGAUGUAAAGAAUCAGGUUACUUGAAACUUCAUGGCCGUGUGGGUAAAGUUUUGAAAGUUUAUGAGCGAAAGAAUAUUUUGGACUUAAAAUCUGGCAAACAAUGGUAUAUGGAAGGACGUAUCUUAAAAACAAAUUGCAAAAGUUUGAAAACAGUUAAAAAAAAGACGAUGAGAGGUCCUUCAGAUGAUAUUAACGACGGUGAUGAGAGAUUAUAUCCCGUUACUGAUACUGAACUAUACAUUCCUCCAUUAGCUACGGAAACUGGUGAGAUUACAAAGAAUACUUUUGGAAAUAUUGAGGUUUUCGUUCCAACUAUGAUUCCUCAAAACUGUUGUUUGAUUGAAAAUCCCAAUGCAAUAAAGGCUGCCAAAUUUUUGAGGAUUAAUUAUGCUCGUGCAGUUACUGGAUUUAAAUUUGAACGGGGACGUAGUUCAAAGCCUAAUAUCAGCGGUAUUGUUGUGGCGAAAUGGUUUGCAGAAGCUGUUGUAGCUUGUAUUGAUGGGAUAGAAUAUUGUCUAGAGCAAGAUGAAAAGAAGAAACAAGAACUUCAAAAUUUAUCGAUGUGGCAUAAAUUAUUAUCCAAAUUACGGAUCAAGAUGAAAUUAAACAUGACAUACGGGUCAGUCAACAUAGGUGCGUCUAAUAAUACAGAAGACUUGGGAGAAGAAGAUGCGGAUGAUCAAGACGAACAACUGCAGGGAGGUGGAUUUUUUGUCCCUACGAAUGGAAGUGUUUCGGAACUGGCUCAAGAUUCAUCUUACGGCGGAAAUCCAUCAGAAGGUGGAUUUUUAGUUCCUUCUGAUGGAAGUGAUUCCGAAGAAAUGGAAAAUUUAUCUCAUGAGGAGCAUAUCCGUGGUGGUUUCGUCACUCCCAGUAAAACGCAUGUAGCCGAUGAAAAUCUAGAUGAAGAUACUAACGAUGGAAUGACACCAGUAGAGUCCGAUGGACCCCCCCAUGAUGAUCAAUAUGAGGAUUUUAUGAAUGAGUUAAAUAUUUUAGAUGCUGAUGCAUGA